AUGGUGCCCUCCAAUAGUGAUGUAACACACUUUAAGCAAGCACUGGCACACUUCGAGAGUCUCCUUGAGGCUGGAGGAGCAACCACUGAUGCCCCUCCAAAUGAUCGAAAGUUGAUCACAGAAAGAGCCAGUGUGAGGGCGGGAAGCCAGUUGCUAAAUGAUGUUGCGGAGCAAGGGAAAGUGCUAAGAACAGAGCUGUCACGGGUGGUGUCGGCAAAAUUCCGCAAGGAAGUCUGGGGGCCCAGAGUAGUUGUCUGCAUUCCCACGCAAGUGGAUGCCAUUGGUCAAAAGCAAGAUGUGGCGAUGGUCAAGAACAUGCUGCUGAGCGGCAACACCACAUACGUGGCCGUCGUCGGCAUGGGUGGGGUCGGCAAGACCACCCUUGCCCGAUGUGUGAUCCACGAUGAAGAUGUGAAGGAGAGGUUCAAGAAGAAUGUUAAUGAAGGAUGUCUUGGCGUGGGGUUUGUUACCAUAUCGCAAUAUCCUAAUAUGCUGGAUUGUCUGAAGAAAAUAUGGGAAUGUCUUUUUGGAGAAAAAGUGGAAUUUGCCAAUGUUGAAGAGGCCAAAUGGAAGUUGGAAGCAAACUUGCAGGACAAAACCUAUUUCCUUGUGAUGGAUGAUAUAUGGGAUGAAACUGACAUGGCUGGGCUUGAUGUUGCACCGCCAAACAGCCGGGUGCUAAUAACUUCACGAAAUCACAAAGUUGCACGUGUUGUUGCAGCUGAGUGCUAUGACGUGACACCUUUAAACGAUGAGGCAUCCCAUCAACUGUUUUGCAAGCACGCAUUUGAUGACGGCAUGGCCCAAAAAUGGCAAGAGCGUUUCAUCCCGGCCAUCAUCGAAAAAUGCAAUGGUCUUCCCCUUGCGCUGGAGAUAAUGGGAAGGGAGGCUCAGUCAUUCAAAGAGCGACAGCAAUGGCGUGAUGCAGUUGAGAUCUUGGCAGAAACCAAGGUGUUGAAGGAUCAAGUGUUUGACCGUGUGUUUGGUUUGAGCUUCAACAGGAUGCAUUCUGUGCAUCAGGAGGUGUUGCUGGACAUGGCUAUGCUGCCUGAGGACUACCAAGCACGGGCCACAGACAUGGUGGAGUUGCAACUCAGCAUUGGAUCGUGCGCUAGUGAGCGUAGGGCACGAGAAAUUCUCAGGACUCUGGAGGACAAGGCAUUGCUGAGGCAAGAAGGACACGAUGUUUCUGAAGUUCCAGAAUUUCAACGAUCUCGCUCAGGGGUCCAUUACUACUUGCAUGAUGUCGUCCGUGAAAGUGCACUGCACACCAUUGCUAAGAAAUCAGUGCUGGAGCGGGAAAGGCUGGUGUCACAACAUUUGAGACAGGGCGCCUGCAGGGGUCAGGCACUGAUGGCAACAAGGUUUUCUACCAGCCAGAAAAUAAGUACUGACCAGGCAUGGGCUUUGCGGGAGCUGGAGAUGCCAGAGUUGAAGGUUCUCAUGUUGCGGGACGCAGGGAUGUCAGAGCUGCCACCAUCCCUUUUCACUGCUCAGUUGUUGGCAGUUGACCUAACGUCCUCGGGUAUCCCUGAGUUGCCAUCUGAAAUAUCGUGUCUCCAGUCUGCAAAACUGCUCAGGUUGGAUUGCUGUGACAAGUUGGUGCGUCUUCCAAGUGAAGUGGGUGGAAUGUCGCAGUUGCGUGUGCUGUCCAUGAGGCAGUGCAAAAGCAUCUGCGAAAUCCCAGAAUCCUUGGGGAAUCUGUUGCUGCUGACCAAGUUGCUUAUUCCAGAAUGCGGAAUUGCAUGCCUGUGCUGCCCUGACAUGAAAAUGUGGCGCAACUUGACCAUGUUGGAUUUGAGCAAAUGCACGGCCCUCAAGCAGUUGCCAUCAAAUAUUGGAGAGUUGGUGAGUUUGACUGCCCUGAACUUGGGUGGUUGCGUGCAGUGUGCAUGCUUGCCAGAUAGUAUUGGUCAGUUGGGACAGCUCGAAGUGCUGAUUUUGCAUCGAUGCGACAGACUCACAGAACUGCCGGACACUUUGGCCAAACUUGCUAAUAUGCAGGAGUUGGACAUCCAGCAGUGCCCACGGCUGUCAGGCAUCCCCAAUACUGUUGGGAGGGGCUGGUCGAUGCUGAGGAUUCUGAGGCUUCAAGGAAAUAGCCACAUGACAUUUCCAGAGUUUUUUGAGGAUCUAGAAUGUCUAGAGGUGUUGGGACUUGAUGAGAAAUGCGCGAUUCCUGAUGCUUGCAAAGGGAGACUUGAAGAUCAGAAAAUAGUAGUGGAGACAAGGGUGACGGAGCUGUGCAAGGACUGCAGGGGUGACUACAUUCCUCUUCACUGGGGAGCAAAGAAUGGCAUGGAUGAGAUGGUCAAGUUUCACUUGAGUGAAGCAAAUGUGGACUUUGUGAACUUGAACGGCUCGACGGCCCUCAUAUUGGCAGCUGCAGGGGGUCACACCAGCACUGUUGACCUGCUAUUGAAACACAACGCGUCAGUAGACCAGGCUACAAAGGAUGGCAGCACGGCCCUCAUGUCAGCAGCUUUCAACGGUCAUACCAGCACCGUUGACCUGCUAUUGAAACACAACGCAUUGGUAGACCAGGCUACAAAGUACGGCGGGACGGCCCUCAUGGAGGCAGCUUUCAAGGGUCACACCAGCACCGUUGACCUGCUAUUGAAACACAAUGCAUCGGUAGACCAGGGUGACGAGGACGGCAGGACGGCCCUUCUGUCGGCAGCUGAAGGGGGUCGCACCAGCACCGUUGACCUGCUAUUGCAACACAAUGCGUCGGUAGACCAGGUUGAAGAGGACGGCUGGACAGCCCUCAUGGAGGCAGCUUGCAACGGUCACACCAGCACUGUUGACCUGCUAUUGAAACACAAUGCGUCGGUGGACCAGGCUCGAAAGGACGGCUGGACGGCCCUUAUGGAGGCAGCUUGCAACGGUCACACCAGCACCGUUGACCUGCUAUUGAAACACAACGCGUCGGUAGACCAGGCUCGAAAGUACGGCGGGACAGCCCUCAUGUCGGCAGCUUUCAACGGCCACACCAGCACCGUUGACCUGCUAUUGAAACACAACGCGUCAGUAGACCAGGGUGACGAGGACGGCGGGACGGCCCUCAUGUCUGCAGCUGGCAAUGGUCACACCAGCACCGUUGACCUGCUAUUGAAAAACAACGCGUCGGUAGACCAGGCCCGAAGGGAUGGGAUGACUGCAGCAGAGCUUGCGAGCGCUGCAGGGCACCAACAGCUUGCCAGGAAACUGCGUGAUGCUAUCAUCUUGGGCUCGCAAGACCAAGAGCAGUUCUUGUAA